ACUGCCUUCACCCCUCCCCAGGAUGAGUAUUGUGCACUUACUAAAAAAUUUCCAAACUUCUGUCAGAUUGUGUCGUUGCAGUCAGAUCAGAUCAUCAUCCUCCAACCUGCCUGUCGGUCAGAAUGUCCAUGAAGAUCCUGCCCAUCACUGUCCUCCUGUUCUUGGUGUGCUUCUGGUCCUCUGCAGACAGUAGAAGGCACAAUUGUAAGUAUGAAAAUAACCAAAACAAAAAUUAAACUGAGCCAGUAAACCUAUUUUAAACUGCUGUCCAACAGAUACUGUAAAAGCCUUUUUGAAUUUCUGUAAAUAGUCUGUUUGGCACUUCCUGCCGUGUUCUUUCAGUGUGUUUUGACAGUUUUUCUCAGUUACUACAACAUAACUCUUCCUGCCUCAUUUUACAUAGCCUCUAUAUAGUGAGUGUGCUUCAUCUUGUUUCAUGUUGCCCUCUGCGGCCUGUAUGUGUGCGCGUGUGUGUACUAUGUUCGGUAUUUGUUGUGGUCUACGUGCUGCUCCUGUAGAUGAUAAGUUUCUUGGUGAUUUUCGUCUUCUAUGAAAUUAAGUUCAAGACAACAAGACCAUGUUACCUGUUUCUUGUCUGAUGUUUUUAGCAUUGAAUUUUUUCUCUGUGAAUUUUUACAAAUAAAUAUUUCACUAUGAGUCACAAACAAAGUGUGAAACUAGGAAUGUAAUGAUUCUUUUAACCCCUAACCUUUUUAAGAAAUGAAUCACAAUUGUUUAAUUCUUUGACCACAAACCUGAACAUCAAAUACAUCCUACUAUCGUACACGCCUGAACCAAAUAUAUUGGUAUUUUUUUUCAUGUUUUAACUGAUUUGGCAUCUCAUGAUCACCACAUUACCGCUUGCUAACCACUGUGCUGUGUUGGAUACUUGAUCUUGAUAGGGCACCACCAUCUGCGUGCAUUCACUCUUAUUUUAGAAGAUGACAGUCAGAAAACCUGAUCACACAUCAUGAAUAUCAAAUGAGUACGCAGAAAGGAGUAUCAGUACAUCUAGUACACUCAACAGAGCAGAAACAGUACAUUCUGAUAGCAUCAGUGGACGACAUGGAGAAUAUGUCUGAAUUUGUUUUUAGUGAGCGUAAAACUUUAGAGUGGCAGUUAAAAGCUGCAAAGUGAAAGAGGCUUCAACCAAAAUGAGGCAACCACAAUACUGUUUGAGCUCUGGCAGUGUUACAGGAGUGGUUGAGUGAAAACGUCUUUCAGUAUGAAGAAAGGAGACCUGAAACAGCUGCUGCUGUUAUAUUUCUAUACAUAACUACUUGCUAACUAUACAUUAUUCUCAAUUUAAGGCUGUUGUAAUGCUCUAAAUCACAUCUUUUAAACUUUUAAUAAUACCAUAUACUUGACUGAGUUCUAAUACAUCAGACGUUAUGUUAUUUCACAGACUUUAUUGUUAAAUUUUAAGGGAGGGGGUUAAACCUUUUCUACUUUUUUCUCAACUAUCUCUGGUGCUCUCUUUCUCUCUUUAAGUGCGUGGUCCCUCAAAACACCACCCUCCUCCUCCGUGCUGCACCAAGGUUUCUACAGCCGACGUCAGCGCUGAUGUGAUCGGGGACACAUAUCAAGAACAAGCAGCCCAUCCUCCCUGUGUGAAAGCUUUGAUGUAAGUUCAUAAACGAGGUCUAAAAGCACACAAACACACAAAGACAAUCCUAAAUAUUUUGCCUUUUUUUUUCUAGUUUCAACACAGAAUAUGGACAAGUCUGCAUUGGUACUCAUGUGGAAUGGGCCAAAGAACGUGAGUUGUUCAAAAAUUAUUUACAAAUGGUUCAUGAAGCAGUAUUUACACCCCCUAAAAAUACCCAUGCUCUUUCUUAUCUCCCUUCCUGCCUUCUAGUCGCUGCAAACAUGACAAAGCUGUGAAGACUUUGAAACAUUUCCCUGUUGCUGAUGAAGACGCCCUCCGUACACUCUGAGCAACAUGAGCAGCACACACAGUACCUUUACUUUUAUAAUAUCUGAGCAUUCACAUUUCUAAUACCUCAUUUCUUUUGACUGAGCUUAAACAUAUAUAUCUGCAAAAAGUGACAAAUGAAGCAAUAAAAAUACUCUUUUAAGAAUGAC